GAAUUACAAAAAUUAUUGAAAUGGCUGCAAGAUUAAUCAGGAAAAUUGUAAGUUGCAGUUAAGUGUUUUGUACUAACUUUGAUUACGAAGAGUUGCAUGCCACCUGUGUUAAUUUAGCUGUAAAAAGUAGAUUAGUCCAAUAUUACAUUCAUCCAAAAAUAGACAUAGUAUAGUUAUGUCGAAGAAUUACAUAAAUGCGCUUUUGAGGCCCAUUCGUGAGAGUAAAGUGUUAGAAGGUUUGCUGAAGUGGUUCGAGCCAGCUGCCAGCGGUGGGACUGCAUCGCCCAGGGGCGGGAAUGACGAGGUGCCGACGGGGCGAGCUGGUGCGGCACAGUACAGCACAGGCGUUAGGAAGGUGACGUUGAUCCCCGGCCAUGGCAUCGGGCCUGAGAUCACGGUGGCCGUGCAAAAAAUCUUUGAAGCAGCCAAAGUGCCUAUUGAAUGGGAUGAAGUUGAUGUAACAGCUGUCAGGGGUCCGGAUGGAAAAUUUGGUAUCCCACAGAAGGCUAUUGACUCUGUGAAUGCCAAUAAAAUCGGCCUAAAGGGUCCAUUGAUGACCCCGGUCGGAAAGGGCUACCGGUCCUUGAAUCUGGCUCUCAGGAAAGAGUUUGAUCUUUAUGCUAAUGUCAGACCAUGCAAGAGCUUAGACGGUAUCAAAACCCUCUACGAUGACGUAGAUGUAGUGACGAUCAGAGAGAACACAGAAGGUGAAUACUCUGGCAUUGAACACGAGAUUGUUGAUGGAGUUGUUCAGUCAAUCAAAUUGAUCACAGAGGAGGCCAGCAAGCGGGUAGCCGAGUUCGCGUUCCAGUUCGCCCGUGACAACAAGAGGAAGAAGGUCACCGCUGUCCACAAGGCCAAUAUCAUGCGUAUGUCUGAUGGUCUGUUCCUGCGGUGUUGCCGCGAGCUGGCGACCAAGUACCCCGACAUUAAGUUCGAGGAGCGAUACCUCGACACUGUCUGUCUCAACAUGGUACAGGACCCGUCCAAGUUUGACGUCUUGGUGAUGCCAAACUUGUAUGGUGACAUCAUGUCUGACAUGUGCUCGGGUUUGGUCGGAGGACUGGGUCUCACACCGUCGGGUAACAUCGGCAAGAAUGGUGCUCUGUUUGAAUCUGUACACGGGACUGCGCCAGCUAUCGCCGGUCAAGACAAAGCCAAUCCCACGGCUCUGCUCCUCUCAUCCGUCAUGAUGCUGCGACAUCUUAAUUUACAUGAUCACGCAAACAAAAUAGAAGCUGCAUGUUUCAAGGUUUUAAAGGAAGGCAAAGUUCUCACCGGGGAUUUGGGGGGGAAAAGCACAUGCAGUGCUUACACGGCUGAAAUCAUAAAGAAUUUGUAAGCAGAACGUUUUGGUCACUGUUAUUGCCAAUGUAGAGUUUAUAUGAAAGGUCAUUUUGAAGUCUGACGUAGGGUUAUUAGUCAAUUUAAAAAUUUAUUUUAGUCUUAAUUUUUUUAGAUUUCAGAAAAUUAUCGCGCUUGUUUCCAUUUCCAAAUGAAAUAAAUCUGUAGGAAAUCCGAUUUUAUACACUUUUAAAUUUAGUACACUUAUCAUUGUCUUGUCCACAAAUAUUGCAGUGAUCAAAACAAAUAUUGCGUUAUGAUAGAUCAAAUUGACUAACAUCUAACUAAAUGCGUAUUAACUUUGUAUUAAUCUAUUAAAUAGGGAUUUCUGUACCUUGGUAUCAAGGUAGACAUUCAUGCAUUAAAAUAGUACAUAUACAAUGUUUGCGGCUGGAUCGCAUACGAAUUCAAGUAUACUUCAUAUAUAUGAAUGUUUUCUUCUAACCAGUUUUCUCUGAGAGAUAAUACAACAUACAGUAAAUUUUGUCUAUGCAACACUAUGAAUUUUAUAGUAGUCAAUGCAUUUAUAUAGCCCAUUGUUAAUCAUUUUUCUUUGUGUCUCUGAUAGACUCGAUAUUAAGUUUAUUUAUUGGGAGUCGCUGUUGCGACGGAAUGGUGUGACUGCCAAAGAAGUAUUAUGUGAGUAUUUUAUAUCAAUGCAUUCUUAGGACUUAGAUCUGCAAUUAGUUAAAUAUUGAGAAGUUCAGUUACUUAGGAUAUUAUUUUUCAACAUAAAUUUUACAUUUACUAAAUAUUCAAAAGUAUUACUAACGCUUAUGUUUCGUUCGAGCUAAUUUAGUUGCAUGUUAACAUUAAUUUAUUAAUAAUCUAUGAGUAACUUAACUAUACAUUGGCUGUUUUGUGUGCAUUUUUUAUUGUAUAAUGGACAAUUUUAGCUUUUGACUUCGUGGCCUAUACUUAUGACUGUUUUGUACGUAAGUAUUAAGUUAUUAUGCAGAUAAUUAAGUUUUAAAGUUAAUCGAUAGAAGUAAUGAAUGAAUUUAGUCAACUAAAUUGUGUAUUAAUAUCGAUUAACCUAAAUACUCAAACUUCAUUGUGUAUACCAGCCCUUAUGUUGGGUUUGUACAGAAGCCAACGAAGGAUAUGCAAUCGUGACGAUUAAAUUACAUUAAAAAAUGUGUACUUGAUACCUAAUGCACAUUUCGUGGAAAGGCUUAGGAAUCUUGUUAACUGCAAUGAAAACAGGGCGUGUUCACUCAAAACUUUAAACAAAACGGGUUAAACUUCAGUUUUCAUACUUUUAUUUUAGAAUUUUUAAGUAGUUUUGAUUUUUUUUUUAAGUUUUUUAAAAUAUCACUGCAACUAUUUUUUUUCAAUUUGAGGUCUUGUUUAUCAUUUCUUUAGCUUUGAAACUAAAGGUUUUACGAAGUAACUAGUUAGUAAUCUUUGCCUAGGCUUUCUAAAUACUACAUGUUGACGUGACUACGAGCAGUAUUAAAACGGCAAAUUAAUGAAAUUAUUAUUGAUCUUACGUUAUAUAUUCUAGUAUUAAUUAAUUGCAAUCGUUACCAUAAUUUAAAAAAAAUUAAAAAAAUCAUAAUUCACACAGUUCAAUUCUUGAUAAAACAAUAACACAUUUUUAAAAGCUUUUAUUAUAAAUAUGCGUUUUACUAAUGUACUAAUUUUAAUCAUUCUCACACCAUCAUCGUGCCACAUAACAGUAUUUUUCACGCAUUUCGCAACACAAAAUAUCCUUAAAAUGUAAUAAGUGUCCAUUCCACGUCUCAGCCAUUUCGGGGAUACAAUUUGGAAAACAUUUUAAGAAUAUAGUAAAAGCAUGGGUGGCAUGUAAAAGAAACAAUAAAAAUAAAACAUUGGUAUAAAUUUUAUGCUAUAAAGCGUAAUUUAUCUGUAUUUUUUGCGUUAUUUGCGUGAUAUAUAAUUAUGUUCCUUUUUAUGUGAUUAUUUAGCGAUUUAGUUAAGCAUAACGCUGCAGUUGCAGGGUAAAUUCCGCGUUAUUAGUGACUAUAAGUUCGCCUCUAUUUAUUUUUUUAUUUGCUUUCAGAUGUAAUCUGGCAAUAAACUAUAGUUUUUUUAAUUUAUAUAAAAUAAUGUAGCCAAUAUUGACCAGUACAUGAAUUACUGUAAGAAUACAAGUUUAGACGUUUAAUUUAUUUGGUUUAUUUAUGUAAAUAAAAGUGAUAAUAAAGAUUUCAAAUCGA